UCCCUUGUGGAUAACCAUGGCAGACUCUAUGCCGGUUGGAGAGCAGCAUGAGCAGCAAAACAUUAUUAAGCUAGAAGAAGAUGAGAAACAUACCCGUGAUGGAUCAAUCAAUUCGAAGGGCCUCACUGCGAUCAGAGGAAAGUCAGGAGGGUGGAGGAUUGGGAUACUUCUUCUUGUGAACCAAUUACUGGCAACUUUAGCAUUCUUCGGUAUUGGAGUGAACCUGGUGCUCUUCAUGUCGAGGGUUCUGCAGCAGGAUAAUGCUGACGCAGCGAAUAAUGUCAGCACCUGGACUGGAACUGCCUACAUGUUUUCCCUUGUAGGCGCUUUUGUUAGUGAUUCAUAUUGGGGAAGAUACAAGACAUGCGCCUUCUUUCAGAUCAUCUUUGUCACUGGCUUGGUGGAGUUAUCACUUUCAUCCUACCUUCUGCUGCUCAAACCUUGUAUUCCUGGGGACGACAAUCCACAGUGUGAGCCACCAACCCACCUGGAGAUACUAAUCUUUUACCUAUCCAUAUACCAAAUUGCCCUUGGAAAUGGAGCCUAUCAGCCAUCUAUAACUACAUUUGGAGCAGACCAAUUUGACGAAGAAGACCCACUGGAACGACAUUCAAAGAUUGCCUUCUUCAGCUAUUUUUACUUAGCUAAUAACGUUGGGACCCUCUUUUCCAACACAAUUCUAGCCUAUCUCGAAGACAAAGGAGAAUGGGUUCUUGGUUUUUGGCUUUCUUCAGGAGCUGCACUCUUAGCUUUGGUGAUCUUUCUUGCUGGGACUCCACAGUUUAGGCACUUCAAGCCACGCGGAAAUCCUUUAUCGAGAAUCUGCCAGGUGUUUGUUGCAGCCAUAAAGAAAAGGAAGGUCAAUAUGCCAAUAAAUGGGGAGAAUUUAUAUGAAAUCGAGGGAAAGAAUGCAAUUAAUGGAGGUAGAAAGAUACUCCAUACUCCAGAUUUCAGGUUUUUGGACAGAGCAGCAGCCAUAACAUCAGAAAACCAUCCUCCACGAGGAAAUCAGCAUCCUCCAAGCCCAUGGAGUCUAUGCACAAUCACACAAGUAGAAGAAGCCAAGUGUAUAAUAAGGCUCCUCCCUAUUUGGCUCUGCUCUAUAAUUUACUCGGUGGUCUAUACCCAGAUGUCUUCCGUCUUUGUUGAACAAGCUGCAGCUAUGAAGACUUCCAUCUCAACCUUCAACAUCCCUCCAGCAAGCGUAUCAAUUUUCGAGAUACUAAGUGUUGCAGGGUGUGUUCUUCUAUAUAGACUGUACCUAGUACCUAUUUUUUCGAAGGUAGUCAAGGGCAAUUCCACAGAGCUUCAAAGAAUGGGGAUUGGACUUGUUCUUGCAACAAUCACAAUGGUGGCUGCUGGAAUAGUUGAGUCCCAGAGGAUAAAACAUGCUGUGCUUAGCUGUGACGAUUGUGAAGACACAAGCUCCCUUAGCAUUCUUUGGCAAAUCCCUCAAUACGUGAUGAUGGGAGCUUCAGAGGUUUUUAUGUAUGUGGGUCAGCUGGAGUUUUUCAAUUGUCAGGCUCCAGAUGGGUUGAAGAGCUUUGGCAGUGCUCUGUGUCUAGCAUCAAUGUCAGCGGGAAGUUAUCUAAGUAGCUUACUCAUUACAUUGGUCAUGGACAUUACAGGAAGGGGAGAUAAAGUGGGCUGGAUAUCUGAUAAUCUCAAUAUUGGUCACAUGGACAGGUUCUACUUCUUUCUAGCAAUUUUAGUUGCCAUUGACUUGGUUAUCUUUGUGGCCUGUGCCAAAUGUUACAGAUAUAUUUCCCUGGAUGGGAGAUCAGAGAUUGAACAUUCUAGUGAAAGAAAGUUGGAAAUCGAGCUGUGACUGGAUAAAAUUAGGCUGAUAGAUGUACAAUAUAUGGAAACUAUAAGACAGACGUGGAUGAAAAAAUUAGGCUGAUAAAUGUGCACGAGAUGGAAACAUGAAGAUAGACCAUCUCUUUGUUAUCAGCCUAUACCGCAACAGCUACUUGAACAAAAACAUUCUGCAAGUAUAUUAUGUUUCAAGUCAGCUCUUAUUAUAGUUAUAAGCUAAGGUAAUAAAAUCUACUCAAGUAGAUGAUCUUUUAUUUGUCUUUCUUAUUUAAGCCUUACACUGUUACGACC